AUGGCCCCUGCUGCUGCGUCAAGUUCCGGUGCGAAGAAGGCCUCCAUGCCACCCGAGAGGAAGUACAAGUGCCAGUUCUGUCACCGGGCCUUCAGUCGCAGUGAACACCGCAGCCGACAUGAAAGAUCUCAUACAAAGGAACGGCCGUUCAAGUGUCUCAAGUGCAGAAGUACCUUUGUGCGCAGAGACCUGCUCCUCCGUCAUGACCGCACAGUCCACGCAAAGGAUGGUGGGAUUCCCUUGGUUGCCGAGGGACGUCGACGUGGUGGAAAGGCUGCUGCUGCUGCCGCUGCCGCCGCCGCCGCUGCUGCUGCCACGACUGCCAACGCUCCACAGACGACCACAUCAGCGACAACAGCGCCAACUCCCACGACAGCCACAGCCAAAGCUAGCAGCCCGUCCAAGUCGUCCACCAUCGACCCCGCUGCGUUGGAGCAGAUAGAAGCCAGCAGCGAUGGCAUGGUCGACCUCGAGACCGCAGCCAUGCUCAUGACAGACUUCCAGCACAAGGCUGCCGCUUCUGUCACCUCCGCUCAGCAUCGCAGUCACCAGUCCUACUCGGAUCGUGGGAACAGUCUUAUGGAACCAUCUGUCUCCUACAUGUCUGGCAACGCUACCCUCCCCCAGAUGCCUUGGGAUACCUUCAUGGCCGAUGUCAAGCCCUCCAAGGAGCCCUCCAGGUCCUCUCAGGCUGCUGCUUCUUCCUACCAGCACCAGCACCAGCACCAGCAUCAGAACAUGGUUGCUCCCACCAUCGAACGCAGUUCCUCCAGUGACAACUUGGCUCCAAACAUGCACUCGCUCGUCCAUUCUUUGCCUGUCUCUGGUAACUCGACCCCCAACGCUCUGUCUCCUUACCCAUCCAUGACCGGACCCGUUUCCCCAGUCAAUUACAGGCGUUCACCCGGACCCAGCCAAGUCCUCACCCAGCCCAAGACCCCACAGAUUGCCAGUGAUGCCGAGCGUCAGAUCAUCGUUGACCGGCUAGAGGCCAAUGACAGCCUCAACAGCCUGCCAGAGACCUUCAAGGUGCCCACCACAGCCGUCUUGAACAGAUACCUGUCCACUUACUUCAACAUGUAUCACCACCAUCUGCCCUUCCUGCACCCGGCCACAUUCAAUCCCAAGGAUGUCUCGUCUCCUCUGCUCCUCGCCGUGUUGUCCAUUGGUGCCCUCUACACCUUUGAACGGGAAGAUGCCUUCAUGUUGCACAUCGGCUCCAAGAUGCUGGUCAACCAGUUCCUCCAGCAAAAGGACAACUUCGACUCGAGAAAGUGCCCCCUCUGGGCCAUGCAGAGCACCUUGCUCAACAUGAUCUUCGAGAGCUGGAGUGGUGACUCCAAGGGCCUCGAGUGGACCUGCUCCAUCAAGAGCUUGCUCGCCAACAUGGUCGCCGGCAACAGAUACCAGCUCAAGCUCAGAAUAGACGCUCGCGAAGGUUCUACCCCGCGACACGCCGAAUGGAUCGAGGACGAGAGCUGUCGUCGAACGUACUACGCCGUCUUUGUCUUCUUCGGCAUGCUCAGCCUGACAUUCAAUCACAAUCCAGCCCUGACCUUCAAUGAGUUUGAUACCCUUGAACUCCCCUCGUCAGAGUCCCUCUGGAACCUCGAGAUCUCGGACGAGUACACCUGGCGCCGAGCUCUGGGCGGCAGCUCCAAGAUCCUUACUGUCAGACAGGCCCACGACAGCCUCCUGCGGGGCGAACCAGUGCGUUACUCCGCCUAUGCUACCCGUGUCAUGAUCAACGCCCUCUUCCUCGAAGUAUGGUAUCAGUCUCGCACCAUCGACGCCCUCCAGGAUGUGGUCACCCAGUACAAACUGCGCCUCGCAAUUGAAACAUGGGAGAAGUCCCUUGACAUCUGCGAACCUGAAACCAUAGUCGUUCCCAUCAGCACCCCUCAAAAGGGCCACCCUCUCAUCUUCAACUCCAUGGCCGUCUACCGCAACACCCGCGCCAGACUAGAAGUUGACCUCAAGUCCAUCCAGGAAGCUCUUCGCUACCACUCGCCCUACGAGGUUGCAGCAGCCAUGACCGUGGCCCGCGAAAAGAUCAAGCGAUCCCAGGAAAUGAACAAGGUCGUCACGCAGUGCUUCGAGUGCAUUGAAAUCGCUGCUGUUCAGGGACUGAACUGGGUUGCCACAGCCUCUGCUACGAACUGGAGCAUCGAACACCCACUCUGCGGCAUGGAUAUGAUGGUCAUUCUCAGUUUGUGGCUAUACCGUCUUGAACACGACGAGGAACAGGCUACUGAAGACGAGCUGGAGCUGUAUUACAAGAUCCGUGGCCUGUUCACCAACGAGCUCUCCGACCAGCAUGACAAGCUUUGUUCCACCGUUGCGCGCGUAUGGGGGAACAUCCUCGACGGCGUAGUCGUAUGGGGGUAA